UACUUGUGCUAGAGUCAACACGUGUCAAGUUCCAGAGCCAAAGCCCUAUUUAGUUCAGGGUGGAGAUUCUAGGGUUUUAGGUUUUAACAGCUUCACGCACCUCCGAAGGAGAGAACAGAACCUCCGUUCUGUUUUACAAGGCUGGUUUGAACAAUGGCGUUUUUAAAUAAAAUUGGAAAUCUACUCAAGAAUUCUGCUGUCAAGCACAUCAAUCAAGAUUUUUCUGCGUCUACCCCCUCGCUUUUCCAAGCAAUUAGAUCCAUGUCAUCUGCAAAGCUUUUUGUCGGAGGUAUUUCUUACAGCACUGAUGAUAUGAGCCUUCGGGAAGCAUUUGCUCGCUAUGGAGAAGUUCUUGAUGUCAGGGUUAUUAUGGAUCGUGAAACUGGCAGAUCAAGAGGUUUUGCCUUCAUAACCUUUGCAACAAGUGAGGAUGCAUCUUCUGCCAUUCAGGCCUUGGAUGGUCAGGAUCUUCAUGGUCGGAGAAUUCGGGUGAAUUAUGCUACAGAAAGGUCACGCCCAGGGUUUGGAGGUGGUGGAGGUGGCUAUGGUGGAGGUGGUGGUUAUGGUGGUGGUGGAGGUGGCUAUGGUGGCGGUGGUGGUUAUGGUGGUGGUGGAGGUGGAGGUGGCUAUGGUAGAGAUAGUUAUGGAGGAAACAACAGCAGGGGUGGAAGCUAUGGAAGUGGUGGUUAUGGUGUUCAAGGAAGCUAUGGUGGUGGCAAUGCUGAAACUAGUUACACUAGUGGUGGUGAUGCUAGUAAUUACCAAUUUGGUGGAAAUUCUGGUGGGGAUCUUGGCUCAGCUAGUGGUGAAUUCGGAAGCAGCCAAAAUGAAGGAACAGGCGCAGCAGACAAUGAUGAAUUCAAUCCACUUGAAGACAAUGUGAGGGGGAACAGUGAUGAACAACCUGAUGACUAUGCUCAGACCCGUAGGUGAGAUUUUCACCUUGCCUAGAGCAAGUAACCGGUGCUUGUUGAUAAACAAAUGCGUCUCCAAUUUUCUUGUUUCACUUCUUGAUUUUCAGCAGUUCAUUGCUUGGUUUGAACAUGAUAUUUUGUCAGCUCAAGGACUGAUGUAAAAUAAUAUUUUUGUAGGAGUUGAACUUCAUAUAGAAUAAUUUUACUGUUGAUCUACAUUCAGUAUCUGGAAUGAUAAACGAAUAUGCAAAAUUUACAUAGUUCAUGAUAUCAAAUGAUUUUAAGAA